AUGGCACAGCCAUCGGAACUUGAAUGUUCACCAAGGAUCACUUGGGGCGGCGGUUCACGAAGUUUGUCGAGUUACCGGAAGUGUUCUGCACCCAGUCCAGCAUCACCAAGGCCAACUCCUCAACCACGACCACCCGUUGCAUCCACCACUUCGCAACCCUCGAGAACGUUAGACGACGACAGGUCAACGGACGCCAUAGGUACUGGUACAGCGGCGGAGGACUCAGACGAUGGCGAGAGCAUAGCGCAAUACCUGAGCACAAAUUGCGUGAUCUUCACUCACUAUCGAGGGGAUGCUGCGUCCGAAGUGGAGGAACAUUUUCAAAGAGCAUUGGCGCACGACAAACCGAAGGAAAAUAUCUCUCCCAUGUUCAUGAGGAACUUCCCCCCUUCCUUCUGGAAGAGCCAGCAUCCUAGUGAAGUCUACGAGUGUCCAACGGAUCCAUGGCAUUCGCAUUAUCCACAGUAUCACCACAGGGCUGUGCACGAGUAUCACCACCAUAACAUGGCGACCGUGACGAGUUACGGCGGUCUGCUGUUGGGUGGUGCGCGAGGACUCGGCCACCAUGCGGCGCACCACGCGCACUCCGCGGCCUCCUACAAGGACUGGCCGUCGGCGACGCCGUCGCAGUCGUUCGUCGACGCUUCCUCCGCACCCUCUUACCCGCACGGCUAUUACGCACCCCUCUCUGGUCUCGAGUCUCAGGUGCAGGAAUCCAAAGACCUCUAUUGGUUCUAGAAGCGAGCCACGGAGUCUCGUGUACCGAACUAAUUCGCAAGAUCCGGUGGGUGCAUCCGCGAAAGAGAGACACGAGCUCGGAACCGCGAACAGCAAUCGGAAGAACAACGAACUGCGGGCGCUGGGACGAACGUGGCGACAAAAUGGCGCACGCGACGCUCGUGCAACGUCAUCGUGGAGGGACGAGGCAAACGUGAUAUUAGCGUGCUAGGGGAUGAUCGAGGAGCUGCUGGACGGGGAAGGAACUUUUGUUAUACGGCCGGACGAACGUACGCGAAGAUCGUUCACGCCGCGUCGAGCAAGUGUACAUAGUGUUACCUAAUUUACUUUAAGGAUCUACUAUUAGCGUACAACUCAGAUAGUAUUAGAGAAAUACUUUGCGCGCACUAUUACCUUCAUAGUGACUGACGAUAUGUCCGACCGGCCGCUGGAACAACAGAGCCUCUAGUUCGUAUAGAGUGUAGAGAAUUAGGCCAACGAAAGGCGUGUCUAAAUUUUCCAAAUAAUUACUGCAAGUGGAAGAUCUUUCGUAACGGUUGUCUCUUUCGUAGCGAACGUCCUCUUCGCUGGCAGUGCAAAGGUUCACACGGAGGGGUCUAUGUUCCUUGAAUAAUAUUAUCCAGCUCGUAGAGUGUGUAUUUUCUUUUCAAAAAUCACGGAUCGAUCGAAUUUAUCGCGAUGAUUAAGUUAUUGAAGGAAGAUACAACGAAGAGGAAGAUCGACGGGGUUAAUUAUUUGGCGAAUUUGGCUGCAGAUUUAAGUAAAAUAUUUAUUGACCAAUGAUCUUGCCAUAUACAUAUUAUAUAUAUAUAUAUAUUAUAAAUAUAUAUAUUACUAUUAUUAUUGUAUCAUAACACCGGACGCUGCAGAAAUUCUGAAAUCUCUCCAAGUCAGCAAAUUAAAAAUAGUUAUUACCCGAAUUGUCACAAUUAUUCUUUACAUCCUUCCCCAUAGUAUUAAUUAUAUCGCGAGACACACACGCGCACGCAAUGCACGCACGCACAACCGUCAUUCUGCCUAGCGGAUUACUCUACC